AUGGCAGCGGCGGCCAGCCGGAGCAGGGAGGAACGGUGGAGCCUCGCCGGCAAGACGGCGCUCGUCACCGGAGGAAGCAAGGGGAUCGGGCGCGCGAUCGUGGAGGAGCUGGCGGGGUUCGGGGUACGCGUGCACACGUGCGCCCGCACCGCCGCCGACCUGGACGAGUGCCUGCGCGCGUGGGCCGCCGACGCCCGCCUGACGGGGCGCGUCACGGCGUCCGUCUGCGACGUGUCGGUGCGGGGUGACCGGGAGCGGCUGGUGUCCGCGGCGCGGGCGGAGCUGGGGCCCAAGCUGGACAUCCUCGUCAACAACGCCGGGCAGACCAUGUUCGGCGCGGCCACGGACACGGCGCCCGGCGACUACGCGCGCCUCAUGGCCACCAACCUCGAGUCCUGCUUCCACCUCGCGCAGCUGUCGCACCCGCUGCUCGUGGAGGCGGCCGGCGGGGGAGGCGGCGCCUCGGUGGUGAACGUGUCCUCCAUCGCGGGGCUGGUCGCGUACCCGGCGCUGGCGGUGUACUCGGCGACCAAGGGCGGGCUGAACCAGCUCACGCGCAGCCUCGCCGCCGAGUGGGCGGGGGUCGGCGUGCGGGUCAACUGCGUCGCGCCGGGCGGCGUCCGCACGGACAUCUCGAGCAACAACGGGUUGAAGCUGGACCCGGAGACGGAGGCGAGGAUGGUGGCGGCGGAGGAGGCGCGGGUGCCCAUCGGCCGCCUCGGGGAGCCCGAGGAGAUCGCGUCCCUCGUCGCGUUCCUCUGCAUGCCCGCCGCGUCCUACGUCACGGGCCAGGUCAUCUGCGCCGACGGUGGCCGCACCAUAGCUGCAUAG